AUGUAUAAACAAAAUAUAAUCACUUAUUUACAGCAACACAGAUUUCAGUAUUUGAAUGUCGCCAAUUUAAACGUCAAUCGAACAGAUAAUGAAAAAACUAUUGAAGAUAAACUUAUUCAAUGUUAUCAACAUCUUCAAAUUCUUUGCUCAAGCGAUACUUUAACUAAAAAUAAUUUUCAAGAAUUUAAAAAACGAAUCAAUUAUUUAAAAGAAGAACUCAGCAAAAAUUCUAAUUUGCAUCUUAUCUAUGCUGGUUUUACUGAUUCUUCUUUUCCAUUAUCUACUAUCCUUGUUUUACCAUCAUUAAAACAGACUCAUAACGACAUAACUGAUUAUCCUUCAUCUCGAUUUACUGCAGCGGCGACAAUAUCUCUUGAACAUCAGAAAUCCAUUCUACAAUCUGUAAAUACUACUGAUCCCAGUAUAUUCUCAACAUUACAGUCAACGCCAUCUGUUAACACUAUCAAUAUUCUUCUUCUCGGUGAAACAGGUGUUGGUAAAUCAACUUUCAUUAAUGCUUUUGUUAACUAUCUUAAAUUUGGAUCACUAGAAAAAGCUCGUACAGGAAAACCUAUUGUAAUUAUAUCUGUUUCGUUUAUUGCAACAGUUGGUGAUCAUUUUGAAGAACGUAUUGUUAAAUUUGAUGAUAUUAAUAAUUCAAAUAAUGAAGAUUUUGAUCAUCCUGGUGAAUCCGUUACACAACGGUGUAAAUCGUAUUUGUUUCACUUGGAUAAGACCAGUACAAACAUACUACGUAUUAUUGAUACUCCUGGUUUUGGUGAUACGAGAGGUCUUGAACAAGAUGAUUUCAAUAUGCAACAUAUUUUAGAAUAUAUUAGUAAUCUUACUCAUUUAAAUGCAAUAUGUUUUCUUCUCAAACCAAAUACAUCAAGAUUGAACAUCUUCUUUCACACAUGUAUUACUCAAUUAUUUUCUCUUUUAGAUCGAAAUGCUCUUAAUAAUAUUAUCUUUUGUUUUACUAAUUCUCGAUCAACAUUUUAUACUCCUGGCGAUACCGCUCCAGUACUAAAGCAGACGCUUAUUUCUCUCUCAAUUGGUGAUGUUCCAUUCAAAAAAGACAAUACAUUUUGUUUUGAUAGCGAAUCAUUUCGUUAUUUGGUUGCUCUGCAAAAUGGAAUUCCUUUCAAUGAUGAUGAAAAACAUGAAUAUGAAAUAAGUUGGUCGACGUCAGUAAAUGAGUCGAAUCGUCUUAUUGGUUAUAUUUGUAGAAAUGUUACUAUUUAUCGUAUAGACAAUAAGUUACAAUCAAUGAAACGUGCCCAAUUUGAAAUCAGUGAUAUGGUUCGUCCUAUAUUAGAAACAUUACGAAAUAUUCUUCGAAACUAUAUUUUAUACAAGAUGAAUUUAUUGAGAACAUCGAUCUUAUUGUGCCCUAGAGUAAAUGAUCAAUUUUUCACGCGUUGUCUCGUUUGCAAACCGAGUAUUCAUUCACUGGGAGAUUUUUAUAUCGCACAUUAUCUUCCACAUAAAGUUGAAAAAAAAUGUUGCAAUUGCACCUGUCUUCUCGAUCAACACAUUCCAAUGUAUUAUGUACCUGAAUAUAAAAUUUUGAACGACGUUUCACAAUACACUGAAAAAGAAAUGAUUAAUCGAUUAUAUGAAUUGUGUUAUGCAAGUGCUGAAUUUGCUUAUUUUCUCUUGUAUGAUGCACGCUCUACAAAAGAUAAUCCUUUUUUCAUUGGUUUUAUCGAAAUGAUAGCCAUAGAAACUGAGAUCUGUAAGAAUCAAACGUCGAGUACUUUGAACUCAAGCUUGGCCACUGCUUUGAGGGAUAUUGCCGAUAAACACGAAAAUCGACUUAAUGACAUUGUUCGUUGGGCAAAGUCUAGUAACUUAUCGGAUAUCUAUAAUUUAAUCAAUACUAUUAGUAAUUAUGAUAUGGUAUGUGAACAAUUAGCUGCUGUCAAAGAAGGACGAAAGAUAAUGAUGAAACAAUAUGAGUAUGAAUUUAUAAGAAUAUAA